UCGAUUAGGGUUCUUCGGCAUCCACAGGAAAAGAGAGAGAGAGGAAAGAUUCUCCUGUCAGCAGACAAUGCUAGAAUGCUGAAAAGAUCUUUCCUCCUCUAGCGUGAUCGAUGGAAACGCCGGUGCUAUGGCUCUUCCGGCGCCAGUUCUCGGCGCUCUUCUACAAGAAUAUCAUGCUUUCGCUGCGGCGCAAGCGCUCCACGAUAAUCCACUUCUCCUCGGCGUUCUUGUUCGUGCUGCUCAUCUUUGGCGUGGAUCAAGCGAUCCAGGCGAGUAGAAGAGGGACUACUUCCUACCGGGACGUCAAGUCUCCCCCGGCAACGGCGAUCUCGCCGAUCGUUCCUUGCGAGACCGGGUAUUUCAUGAGGGAUCCGUGCUACGAUUUCGUGUGGAGUGGGAAUUCCAGCGCCACCGCAGCUCGGAUCGUGCUGGAAAUAUUGCGGAACAAUCCCGGGCGACCGAUACCACCGUCCAAGACAUUGGGCUUUGCUACCCCGGACGACGUGGAUAGAUGGCUCCUCGCGCAUCCAUUGCAGUGUCCUGGAGCUCUUCAUCUGGAAGAACGGCAGCCAAACGUGAUCGCGUAUGGAAUCCAAACGAAUUCCACCGCCAAGAUCAUUCGCGGGACGUUUGAGGACACUGUGUUUAAGUUCCAGCUCCCUUUGCAAGCCGCCGCCGAGAGGGAGAUCAGUCGCUUUUUGACAAGAGAUCCGAGUCUUGGAUGGAACGUUUCGUUUGCGGAGUAUCCACAUCCAGCGAGAACAACAUUUUCUACGGUCGGAACUAUCGGUCCCACUUUCUUGCUCGCCGCCACCAUGUUUGGAUUUGUCAUUCAGCUAAGCAAUUUGGUUUCCGAGAAGGAGCUCAAGCUUCGUCAGGCAAUGUCUGUUAUGGGGUUGAUGGAUUCCGUGUAUUGGUCGACAUGGCUGAUAUGGGACGUGUGCUUGACUUUCCUCUCGUCGAUGGUGCUGGUCCUUUCCGGCAUGAUGUUCCAGUUUAAUUUCUUCCUGGACAACGAUUUUGGCGUGCUUUUCCUCGUUUUCUUUCUCUUUCAGACGAACAUGGUGGCCUUUUCCUUUCUGCUGUCCACUUUCGUUACGAAAACAUCGUCAGCAAACACUGUUGGUUUUGUGGUUUUCAUUGUCGGUUUUGUAACACAGUUGGUGACCGCAUUUGGUUUCCCUUACAGCAACUCCUAUUCUAAAUUGUAUCAAAUUAUUUGGUCUUUUUUUCCUCCCAAUAUUUUCGCGGCUGGCAUGAGUGAUUUGGGAAAGGCCAGCUCCGAAAGCUCCGGAUAUACUUGGGCUGGUCGUAAUCGUUGUCCUCCUAGAGAUAAUGAAACUGAUUGUGUCCUCACCUUGGAGCAAGGAUACUAUUGGCUAAUAGGAACAUUCUUUCUAUGGCUUGUGCUCGCGAUAUACUUUGACAACGUUCUUCCGGAUGUAAAUGGGGUUCGUAAGCCAUGGUUUUACUUUACACAUGCAUCUUACUGGACAGGAAACAUGAAUGAGAAAGAAACAACAGGAUGUUGUGGACGUAAAAUUUUACCUUCACCACCACCUGGAACUGCUACAGACGACGAUGUGAAAGCCGAAGAAGACUCGGUGAAACAAAAUGAUGUUGAUCCGCUGAUUGCUGUACAAGUACGAGGUCUGGUAAAGACAUUCUCGGGUUCACGGAAAAAGGCAGGCUGCUGUCGGUGGCGAAGGGUACCUCCUCAACACGCUGUUCAGGGCUGCUGGUUCAGCAUUGAGAAUCAGAAGCUAUUCUGCCUCUUGGGUGCCAAUGGAGCUGGAAAAACGACGACAAUAAACUGUUUAACUGGUAUACUUCCGGUUACUGCCGGCGAUGCGUAUGUUUACGGCGAGUCGAUAAAAAGUACUCACGGCAUGAACCGUAUUCGAAGCUACAUGGGCGUCUGCCCACAGUUUGAUAUAUUAUGGGGCUCUUUAACUGGACGGGAGCAUCUACACAUUUUUGCAAAGAUUAAAGGAAUUGACCAGACUAAACAACGCGAGAAAGUAGAGGAGAUGCUUGCGAAAGUUAAAUUGACAGAGGCUGGAAACACAAGAUCCGAUUCUUACAGCGGCGGAAUGAAGCGACGGUUAAGUGUUGCCAUUUCACUCGUUGGAGAUCCGAAAGUGCUGUAUUUGGAUGAACCUACAACGGGAAUGGACCCUAUAAUGCGUAGGCACGUAUGGGACGUGAUAGAAGAUGCGAAGAAAAACUGUGCCAUAAUUCUUACGACCCACUCAAUGGAAGAAGCUGACGUUCUAGCGGAUCGAAUCGCGAUCAUGGCGAAAGGAAAGCUUCAAUGCAUUGGUAGCUCAAUCCAUUUGAAGUCCAAGUAUGGGACUGGAUACAAGAUCAGCGUUGGCGUUGAAAACGGGUUUUCUGGAAGUGCUGCCGAAGUCGAGGAGGAAGAACGAGUAAAACGGGCUGGCAUCAAGGCAUACUUUCAUGAGCAUCUUAAUCUUGCUCCUUGUGAAGAAACGAAAGCGUACGUAACGUUCGCUGUUCCUCAAAGCCAGCCUAAACUCGCAGAUUUCUUUGAAGAAUUGAGCUACAAGUCGAAGGAGCUUGGCAUCACCGACAUCCAGCUGGGCUUGACAACGUUAGAGGACGUGUUUCUAAACAUUGCCAAGAGAGCUGAGCUCCAAAACUCCGAGGGUCGGCUGGAGCAACUUCGUCUCUCCGAUGGGAUGGUUCUCAUGGUACCCGUUGGUACGCGAUACUUUCCAGUCCCCGGCACAGUCACCGAAGAUCAUCCACUGGGAAUGAUGGUGGAGAUCUUCUGGCAGCAGGACGAGAAUGGCUCUCUUUGCAUUCGAGACUUCUCAGAGCUAAGGCCAGCUCCGGAAACGCUAGCGAUGGAUCAAGCGAGGUUGAGCUCCGUGAUCCGGAACAUUCUCGAGUGACAAGAAAAGGGGUACUUUUGAUCUUUAGAUUUCUUCGAGCUAAAGAAGAAAUGAACAUCUGAUCAAUCCCAGGAUCAAACGAUCCAGAAACUUGGCGAUCUCGAAGAUGAUCGAUUAAUCCGUCCAGAGAUAAAGUCACAAGGCCGGGAAAGAAUCAAAGAAGUAUUUUAAAGUCAUGGAAGUGUAGCCAGUAAUGGCUGGCUCUAUUGUACGACACUUUAUACCAAAGCGCCACCGACACCAUGGCCACAAAACGCCAUGCUGUACGAA